GAACUUCUACAGUAAAAGUGACGCUGUCUGGUUUGACUGGAGCGUUGGUGGGUUCUUCUUUCCACAGAGAGAUAUAAGUAAAAAACGAUUCGAAUAAUUUUGUCAGUAAAAAAUAUAUAUUUAAUGAAUUGACUGUUUAGUCGUGCUUGGGGUCUGGACUGGAGCUCGCCUUAAAUUUUUCAGCGCUGGACAUUGGUCAAUGGUCUCCACCUUGGUUACAGUUGAUGCCUAGUACCACCUUUAUCUGAAUUAUUGCGCCUAAAGACCGUGUUGGCAUGUCACGAUUCCAUAUCCUUUUACUAUUCAUGGUGACCUUUAUCAGAGAGCUGCUGGGACACAAUGAAGGUAAGACCACCCACUGGGCACACAAGGAUUUAAUCAACUUUGUUUCCACGUCAUUUCAGUUGAACUAUUUUUUUAUUUAACCUUUUAUUUAACGUAGAAUAGACCUUAAAUUGACGUCUGUAACCAGUGGGCAGAUACUUUUCUCUUUCACUUUGACUAUUAUUCUGUUUCUUUACUCAAAGAUUACACUUUGCAGUAGCCUUGAUGUACAAAAUGUAUGCAAUGUUAUUCUAUUCCUCAUGCUGAAUAAGCAGUUAUGAUUAUAUUCGGACAUACUUUGAAACUAUACUUUUGUAAGCUACUAUAAAAUAAUUAUUGCCAGUACAGACACAUGCUUUCCCUGUCAGUCAUCAAUGGCCCAUAAUAGGUUCCAUGCAAUGGGGGAGUGGGGACAUACCUCCAUCACCACAGUAAUAAGGCAGUAAAGAGAAGCAGCUGUGGUGGGAUCUUUAGAGGGACCUGAAGGAAUACAGAGAGAGCAGGGAGUAUUUCCUGAACAGAAACUCAACCACUCUUCUAACAUUCUUUUUCAGUUAAAAAAGAGAGGGCAAAUAAGCCCAAAUAUGCCAUCUAUGCAUUUUUUCAUUAAGAAAAAGUUUUGUAGGUAAAUAGAAGUCAUCACUGUAGUAAGCCUACAGACACCUGUGAUUUAUAUCUAUCCCUCCUCUGAUGUUGAGCAUGUCACUCAUUCUCAGACCUGUGUAAUUACAACUCCAAUCACAGACAAAUGACUGAGUGUGCACAGACCAGCUGUGCCAAGGCCCUCAUUUGGCCCUUAAAAGACAGUGAUUUGAGGCACCUCAGAUCCACCCAAACUCAUGCCUGCUGCCAGUUGAUUACAAAGCAAAACCACAGAGCGAAAAUGUAGUCGCUAAUGGAUUGACCAUUGUCUCACCAUUGCUAUUAGUCACGUUCUCCUGUAAUUUAACACUUUUCCAACUGAAAUACAAAGGAUGCUAAUCUGGAAUCAACUUUAUAAACCUCAACAUGAGAAUAUAUCCAUUGAAACGAGGACAGAAUGACUGCUGUGAAUAGUUGGCUUGUGAAAUCCACCCUCUCCAGAAUGACUGACUAAUUUCUCCUAGUUGGAUGUUCUCCCUGCAGUGGUAAUUGCAUGUCUUUCUGGUAAAGUAACCGCCUCGCUGAGAGCUGUGGGAAGUGUGCCUGGCUGGUCUCACUGUGAUGCAGUCUGCUUUACAACCUCACUGUCAUCAGGCGGCCACAGCAGCUGCCUGCAUUAGUGUAAUAAUGUAAAAUAGAUAUUUGAAUAUUAAUACUACUUACAUGUCUACUAUGAGACAUGGUACAAAGGAUUACAAUUGCUGCUGAAAUGUAAACUAUCUUGAAUACCAAAGAGUCUGUUUAUAGACAAUACUUUAAGGUUGAUCCUCACUUGGAUUUGCAAACAUGAGGGAGACUUGGGUGCUAGGAAUCUGAGGGCAUGUUUAUGUGUUAUUCAGUCAGACUAGAAACAAGGCAUUUGAUGAAAGGUGUUGUAACAUCAUUGUAAUUUUUUCCAGUGUAUGUUUAGCAGCCUAUUGCAAGUGCCCAAAUGACCAUGAAUAGAAACGUUGAGUUUUGUCACCAUGAAUUGAAUUUUCAUUGGUCUAAAUUACACAUUGACUAGCCCCUGUAGACUGAGUAAGCUAGUAUCUGGACCACUUUGUUGUUACAAGUAUUCAGGGAGAAUACUCAGCGCAGAGACUUGGAAAAAAUCAAAUCUGUCAGCCCUCUUUCUAAACAGUAGUGUCCCUUUUAAAUAUCCUUCAAGGGAUUGGGUUUAUGAAAUAGUUGACAAGUGAGGGGAAAGAAUGAGUGUGGUAAGGGAGACCUAAUGUAUGGAAAGUUAGAUUCAGCUCCUUGGUUUAAAGCUACUGUGCAAAUGAUGAGGAGGCAAAAAGAGAUGUUACCUACUAACUAGUUCCAGUAUUACAUUCAAAAUGGAAGAGAGGACCUCUACUUGCCAACUUCAUCUUCUUCAUGUGUCAUGAUCUCAGUGCACAUUCAGUGUAAUCUGUGCCCAGUUAAGUCCUUUUCCUACUCUCUUUAUUAUCUUAUUUUCCUUCCAUGUGACGCUAAAACACUUUGACGUUGUGAUUUAAAUGGAACUUUAGCCAACCAGGAAGUCUGGCCUUUUUCAGAGAUGUACUGUUUUGACUGGACUUCAGUUUUGGAUCCCAACCCCUGGAGAGUUUCCAUGGUUUUUUCGACUUCCGUUAUUGGAAAUCCAGGUCUUUGUCAAAUAGUAAGCUGGCUCAGGAAUGGACCAGAAAUCAGGUUGUGCGGAACUGAGAUUGUGGGAAAACCAUUAGCAUGCCAAGAGGUUUUCUCUGCAUCACCUUUAUUAAACUCUUCAUGUUCUACCUCAAAAUCAUUUCAUAUUUAUCUCAAAUAAGCUAAUAAAUACAUGUAGGUUCAUGUGUGAGAAAGAAAGUACAUAUCAUCCAUAAAUACAUUAGUAGCUGACAAAUGGUUUUCAUCUGUUUUAUGCCUUGUUGCUAUGACUGAUUAGAGCUAAUAAUAGUCUGUCAUUGUUUUCAGGCUCUGGAACCACACUGCACAGCAGCUACAAUGAGGUUAUGCCAGAGGAGGAGUACUAUACUCCCCGACUGAACUACAGGCGUAAGUAAGGAGAACCACACACUCACAACACUAAUAUUAUCAACAACACAGAUUUGUAAUCUACAUACCUCACAUCAUCACAGUUCUGAAAUCAGUAUCUCUUGAUAUGUCUGUAGCACAUUGGUCUUGCGCUGCGUUCCAGUGUGUGUUUAAACAUGAUUGUUUUGAUGCAGAUCCAAGAUGGUGUCACUUUCUGAGCCUGGCCAAUGGGGAUGUGACCUGCCACUCCCCCCGAGGAGAGAACUACCGCAGCACCCUAGGCACCCGCUGCGAGAUGACCUGUGACCGUGGCUACAAGCUGCUGGGCAGAUCCUCGGUGCUGUGCAUGCCCAACCGCCGCUGGUCUGGGACCAGUCACUGCCGCCGUGAGUACAGGCUGAUUAUAGACAGAUACAGCUGAUUGUCUAUUGGGUCCAUGUCAUCUAUUGUUAAUAAAAAAAGGCCCUGAGUUUUCUUUAGAAAACACUUUCAUAGGAGUAAUAUACACUGAGUAUACAAAACAUUAAGAAGAAACUCAAUAUUAGGAAGGUGUUCCUGAUGUUUGGUAUACUCAGUGUCUAGCUUGUUGACUAUGGUGACUCCACAGAGAUUCGUUGCAACGUGCUGCACCUGAUCUGGCACGGCACGUACCACUGCACCCAGGGUUAUGUGGUGGACUCCAGGUGUGACUACAUCUGUGAGCCGGGGUACCGGAUCGAGGGGGACCACUCUCGUACCUGUCUGGAUGGGGGGUCCUGGAGUGGGGCAGAGCCCAUCUGUGCAGGUACAGCUCAUAUGUUUAGUCAGCACAUCCAAGUAUACUGACAUGAUUCAUUAAUGCUUUUCCACUGUGGGGUGAAACUCAGGUGGUGUUUGGUUUGAUAUGCCUGGAGGCAAGUGAAUGGUCAUAAAGUCAGUGGUAAUUAAGUCAGCAUAUUAUAUAUUUUUUUUUUCCAUGAAUUAAUGAGAUACAUGCACCCUGUAAGCACAGCAAAACAUUUGGAGUCCAUCUUUCAAGCUAAUUGUUUUUCCAGUUCCGUUUGUUUCUGACUUUUAGAAGCCCUGGCAGCUCCCAUGGGCAUGUCUCCCACCCACAUAAACAAAACACAGAUACUCAUCUAGUACCUCUCGCUUUCCACGUUUCAUUCCUUUUUCUGUCUUUGGCUCAAAACCAAGACCAAUAGAUAUUUCUAAUCUUCAAAUUUCCCCUCCCUCAAAAGAUGAAUUGAUUCAAUUGACCCAGACCAACAGAGGAUGUUAACAUUUAACUCAGACAUUUUUAUAUUCUCUAUUAUUUUUCUUCACUGGUUUACCAAACUGUGGUGUUUCAGAUCAUGAUCCUCCAAAAAUAAAGUGUCCCCUGUCCCGAGUGAAGGUCGCUGAGCCUGGGAAACUAACAGCCAGAGUGUCCUGGGACCCCCCUGUUGCCACGGAUACUGCUGAUAAAACACUAGAGUAUGUCAGUGCUUUUUUAACUGAUUCCCUCCUACUUCUUCCCCUGUGCAGGAGGUGAAUCAUGUGUUGUUCUUUGUGUCUGUUUACAGUGUAACACUGAUAGGCCAGGGGCCAGAUACCAACUUUAAAGAGGGGAUAAACAUUAUCCGGUACACAGCACAUGACCAAGCCAGAAACAGGGCUGCCUGCAAGUUCAUUGUUCGUGUGGAAGGUAAGGCACCACAGUCAAUGUCAGACACAAUGACCUGACAUUUGGACUAGAGUAAAGCCCAGACUUACUGGACAAACCAUUAUACAGUGCAUUCGGAAAGUAUUCAGCCCCCAUGGCUUUUUCCAGAUUUUGUUACGUUACAGCCUUAUUCUAAAAAUGAUUAAAUUGGGGAGGGGGGGGGGGGUUCUAAUCAAUCUACACACUAUACCCUAUAAUGACAACGCAAAAACAGGUUUAGAAAUCUUUGCAAAUGUAUAAAUAAAAAAAAUGGAAAUAUAACAUUUACAUAAGUAUUCAGAGCCUUUGCUCAGUACUUUGUUGAAGCACCUUUGGCAGCGAUUACAGCCUCCAGUCUUCUUGGGUAUGACGCUACAAGCUUGGCACACCUGUAUUUGGGGAGUUUCUCCCAUUCUUCUCUGCAGAUCCUCUCAAGCUCUGUCAGGUUGGAUGGGGAGCGUCGUGCACAGCUAUUUUCAGGUCUCCAGAGAUGUUCGAUCAGAUUUCAAGUCCGGGCUCUGGCUGGGCCACUCAAGGACAUUCAGAGACAUGUCCCGAAGCCACUCCUGCGUUGUCUUGGCUGUGUACUUAGGGUCAUUGUUCUGUUAGAAGUUGAACCUUCGCCCCAGUCUGAGGUCCUGAGCGCUCUGGAAAAGGUUUUCCUCAAAGAUCUCUCUGUACUUUGCAAUUGGGGGAGAAGGGCCUUAGUCAGGGAGGUGACCAAGAACCCGAUGGUCACUCUGACAGAGCUCCAGAGUUCCUCUGUGAAGAUGGGAGAACCUUCCAGAAGGACAACCAUUUCUGCAGCAUUCCACCAAUCAACCCUUUAAUGGUAGUGGCCAGACAGAAGCCACUCCUCAGUAAAAGGCAUACGACAGCCUGCUGAUGAAACCAAGAUUGAACUCUUUGGGCUCAAUGCCAAGCGUCACGUCUGGAGGAAAUCUGGCACCACCCCUGCGGUGAAGCAUGGUGGUGGCAGCAUCAUGCUGUGGGGAUGUUUUUCAGCGGCAGGGACUGGGAGACUAGUCAGGAUAGAGGGAAAGAUGAAUGGAGCAAAGUACAGAGAGAUCUUCAAGGAAGAGUCUUGGUGGUUCCAAACUUCUUCCAUUUAAGAAUGAUGGAGGCCACUGUGUUCUUGAAGACCUUCAAUGCUGCUGACAAUUUUUGGUACCCUUCCCUAGAUCUGUGCCUCGACACAAUCCUGUGUCCAAAAUUCCUUCGACCUCAUGGCUUGGUUUUUUUUCAACUUUGAAUUGAUGUAUUUCAUCAUGGAAGUUAAUACUGGAUUAAUUUCUUUUUUAAUGUACUUUUUUUUUUCAUUUCACAUUUCCUUCAGUGAUAAACAACAAUUAUAUUUCCUUCAUCGAGAACUUCAAGAAACACUUUAGAGCAGGGUUAAUCAACUAGAUUCAGCUGUGGGCCGUUUUUAUUUUUCUUGAGCGGAUGGUCAGGGGGCCGGAACAUUAUUACCAACAGAUGUAAUAUUUGACUAAAACAUAAUCAUUUCAAACCUUGCUUACAUUUGUAUACGAUCACAUAUAUCUAUUUUAUACUUGGAGCUGAUUUGCUGGUGUUUUUACAGUCUUAUGUCCCCCCCCCCAAAAAAAAUUAAAACAUUACAUUAUUUUGGUUCAGAAAAUUUGGGGGGCCAAAUAAAAUCACCCGCGGGCUGCCAGUUGGGAACCCUACUUUAGAGGCAUCCAAGAGUCGUCAUAUUCCAUUACUCAGAGGGCUGAUCCCAUACAGCUCAGUGUGUACUGUUAAAAGGUGCCUGUUUUGGGCCCUAUUCACAAAGGGGCCGAUUCAGACUUAGGAAAUGAAUGCCUAUCCUACACACUUCUCAGUAUUUGGUAUUUGGUAUUCAGACUUACCUUAUUCAGUCGCGUAACACGCUUUGCGUGUGUGGCUACCUUGCGCGCUCUGAAUACGUUUAAUUUAACCACUGAAAACCCUCCCACUUGCUGCCCAACACAUUUUCUUGUGGAGUUUAUUCAAUUCGUUUUUAGUACAUUUACAGUUGAAGUCAGACGUUUACAUACACCUUAGACAAAUACAUUUAAAUUCAGUUUUUCACAAUUUCUGACAUUUAAUCAUCCUAAAAAUUCCCUGUCUUAGGUCACUUUAUUUUAAGAAUGUGAAAUGUCAGAAUAAUAGUAGAGAGAAUGAUUUAUUUCAGCUUUUUUUUCUUUCAUCACAUUCCCAGUGGGUCAGAAGUUUACAUACACUCAAUUAGUAUUUGGUAGCAUUUUCUUUAAAUUGUUUAACUUGGGUCAAACGUUUUGGGUAGCUUUCCACAAUAAGGUGGGUGAAUUUUGGCCCAUUCCUCCUGACAGAGCUGGUGUAACUGAGUCAGGUUUGUAGGCCUCCUUGCUCGCACACGAUUUUUCAGUUCUGCCCACAAAUGUUCUAUAGGAUUGAGGUCAGGGAUUUGUGAUGGCCACUCUAAUACUUUUACUUUGUUGUCCUUAAGCCAUUUUGCCACAACUUUGGAAGUAUGCUUGGGGUCAUUGACCAUUUGGAAGACCCAUUUGUGACCAAUCUUUAACUUCCUGACUGAUGUCUUGAGAUGUUGCUUCAAUAUAUCCACAUAAUUGUCCUUCCUCAUGAUGCCAUCUAUUUUGUGAAGUGCACCAGUCCCUCCUGCAGCAAAGCACCCCCACAGCAUGAUGCUGCCACCCCGUGCUUCACAGUUGGGAUGGUGUUCUUUGGCUUGCAAGCCCCUUUUCCCUCCAAACAUAAUGAUGUUCAUUAUGGCCAAACAGUUCUAUUUUUGUUUCAUCAGACCAGAGGACAUUUCUCCAAAAAGUACGAUCUUUGUCCCCAUGUGCAGUUGCAAACCGUAGUCUGGCUUUUUUAUGGCGGUUUUGGAGCAGUGGCUUCUUCCUUGCUGAGCGGCCUUUCAGGUUAUGUCGAUAUAGGACUCGUUUUACUGUGGAUAUAGAUCAUUUUGUACCUGUUUCCUCCAGCAUCUUCACAAGGUCCUUUGCUGUUGUUCUGGGAUUGAUUUUCACUUUUUGCACCAAAGUACGUUCAUCUCUAGGAGACAGAAGGCGUCUCCUUCCUGAGCGGUAUGAUGGCUGCGUGGUCCCAUGGUGUUUAUACUUGCGUGCUAUUGUUUGUACAGAUGAACGUGGUACCUUCAGGCGUUUGGAAGUAGAGAGAAUAGUGUACAAUAGUAGGCUAUACCCUUGUCUAUUGCCUGCACUAACAUUUACAUUUUAGUCAUUUAGCAGACGCUCUUAUCCAGAGCGACUUACAGUUAGUGAAUACAUAUAUAUCUUUUUUUUAUACUGCCCUCCCGUGGGAAUCAAACCCACAACCCUGGCAUUGCAAACGCCAUGCUCUAUCAACUGAGCUACAUCCCUGCCGGCCAUUCCCUCCCCUACCCUGGACGACGCUGGGCCAAUUGUGCGCCGCCCAUGAGUCUCCCGGUCGCGGCCGGCGGCGACAGAGCCUGGAUUCGAACCAGGAUCUCUAGUGGCACAGUUAGCACUGCGAUGCAGUGCCUUAGACCACUGCGCCACUCAGGAACUGUGACGCGGCCAAGUAUUGCACCAUGUGUCGGGUUCAAACUAAUGGCAAAGAAGGUAAACGAAACAAUGUAAUUCAAUUGAAUGAUAAUGUAGACUAUACCAACUGCAGGGAACUAACAGUAAAUUGGCAGUUGAAUAUGUGUUGUUAUUAGGCCUACUGACAGUCGAUACUGAUAGUGGCUAAUAUUUAACAUGAUAGACAUAGGAAACAGAGACAGUCGGGGGAGGCUAUAAUUAAGACAUUUGAGAAUGCCCAUUCCUUCAAGUUAAAAGCCCGUACAAUUUAAAUUCUGCAUAAUGGCACAGCAUUUCAUAAACUUUACUGUGGGAAAGUUGAUAUGUUGAUAUGCUUCAGUUUGCUGCCAUAUGACUGGUUUCACGUUUAUGUCCAGUGAUUAUAAGGUAAAAUAGAUCAAAAACAAGUGUUUAUUACAAUUCCCUUAUCCGAACGGAUUACUCAUUUACCUAGCUCUUAUCAAGUUGUAAAUUACAGUGCAUGAAGAAUGCUGUUAUUUCUAUCGGGAAAAAAUAAAAUGGAUGCUUUUUCCACUUGGAACCGGUAGGUUCGCUAGACCUUAUUCAUGGUUUCCUCGCGCGUAAUGGUGGUGGAAUUACACUUAAUAUACAAAAGUAUGUGGACACCUAUUCAAAUUAGUGGAUUCGGCUAUUUUAGGUGUAUAAAAUCGAGCACACAGCCAUGCAAUCUCCAUAGUUCAACAUUGGCAGUAGAAUGGCCUUACUGAAGAUCUGUGACUUUCAACAUAGCACCGUCAUAGGAUGCCACCUUUCCAACAAGUCAGUUCAUUACAUUUCUGGCCUGCUAGAGCUGCCCCAGUCAACUGUAAGUGCUGUUAUUGUGAAGUGGAAAUGUCUAGGAGCAACAACAGCUCAGCCGCGAAGUGGUAGGCCACACAAGCUCACAGAACGGGACCACUGAAGCGCGUAGGGUGUAAAAAUCGCCUGUCCUCGGUUGCAACACUCACUACCAAACUGCCUCUGCAAGCAAAGUCAGCACGAACUGUUCGUCGGGAGCUUCAUGAAAUGGGUUUCCAUGGCCGAGGAGACUCACACAAGCCUAAGAUCACCAUGUGCAAUGCCAAGCGUCGGCUAGAGUGGUGUAAAGCUCGCCGCCAUUGGACUCUGGAGCAGUGGAAACGCGUUCUCUAGACUGAUUAAUCACUCUUCAACAUCUGGCAGUCCGACGGACGAAUCUGGGUUUGGCGGAUGCCAGGAGAAAGCUACCUACCGGAAUUCAUAGUGCCAACUGUAAAGUUUGUUGGAGGAGGAAUAAUGGUCUGGGGCUGUUUUUCAUGGUUCGGUCUAGGCCCCUUAGUUCCAGUGAAGGGAAAUCUUAACGCUACAGCAUACAAUGACAUUCUAGACGAUUCUGUGCUUCCAACUUUGUGGCAACAGUUUGGGGAAGGCCCUUUCCUGUUUCAGCAUGACAAUGCCCCCAUCCACAAAGCGAGCUCCGUACAGAAAUGGUUUGUCAAGAUCGGCGUGGAAGAACUUGACUGGCUUGCACAGAGCCUUGCCCUCAACGAACACUUUUGGGAUGAAUUAGAACGCCGACUGCAAACCAGGCCUAAUCGCCCAACCUCACUAAUGCUCUUGUGGCUGAAUGGCAGCAAGUCCCCGCAGCAAUGUUCCCAGAAGAGUGGAGGCUGUUAUAGCAGCAAAGGUGGGACCAACUCCAUAUUAAUAACCAUGAUUUUGGAAUGAGAUGUUCGACGAGCAGGUGUCCACAUACUUAUGGUCAUGUAGUGUAGGUCAAGGUUAGAAUAUGGUUUAUCUGUAGACACACCUCCGCCACACCUUCAUUUAUUUGAUCUCCACCCGAAACGAAGAGUGGGUGAAUAGCAUGUUAUUGUCAUACUUAAGUUGGAGGUCAUGGGCCUCCCGAGUGGCGCAGCGGUCUAAGGCCAUGCAUCACAGUGCUUGAGGCGUCACUCCAGCCCCGGGUUCGAUCCCAGGUUGCGUUACAGCCUGCCGUGACCGGGAGACCCAUGAGGCGGCGCACAAUUGGUCCGGGUUAGGGGAGGAUUUGGCUUGCCUUGAUACCAAUUGGAUAUCACAAAAUUGGGGAGGAAAAAGGGGUAAAACAAAUAAAAAAUAUUCAAAACAUUUCAAUGUCAUAAUACUUGUAGAUAGGAAAGUGCAUAAAAAGGGAAUUGCAUUCCAUUUACGCGCGCCUAACUCGGGUCGGAAUUCCCCUAUAGCGUCUCAGAGUAGGAGUGCUGAUGCAAAUAGUCCGGGUAACCAUGAUUGUUUGGUGAUGUGGACACCAAGGAACUUGAAGCUCUGAACCUGUUCCACUACAGCCCUGUCAAUGAGAAUGGGGGCGUGCUCAGUCCUCUUUUUUUUCCUGUAGUCCACAAUCAUCUCCUUUGUCUUGAUCACGUUGAGGGAGAAGUUGUUAUCCUGGCACCACACGGCCAGGUCUCUGACCUCCUCCCUAUAGGCUGUGUUAUCGUUGUCUGUGAUCAGGCACUGUUGUGUCGUCGGCAAACUUAAUGAUGGUGUUGGAGUCGUGCCUGGCCAGGCAGUCAUGGGUGAACAGGGAGUACAGGAGGGGACUGAGCACGCACCCCUGAGGGGCCUCCGUGUUGAGGAUCAGCGUGGCAGAUGUGUUGUAACCUACCCUUACCACCUGGGGGCGGCCCGUCAGGAAGUCCAGGAUCCAGAUGCAGAGGGAGGUGUUUAGUCCCAGGGUCCUUAGCUUAGCCCUGCUCUCCGUCUCUCCCCAGUCAGGAGGUGUCCAGUCCUCAAGCCCCCUCUCCAUGGUUACCUCACCUGUGACUCUGACGGGAACAACUACGGGGCGGUGUGCGAGUACCACUGUGUCGGGGGCCAGGAGAGGAGGGGGACCUCCAGCCGUGUCUGCCAGUUCGACCACAGCUGGACUGAGGCCUCUGCCGAGUGUGUCAGUUAGUAUUGAGAACCAAUGACAGAGAAUGACCUUCUGGUUUGUUGUCUUAAAUUGAAUCCAUACAUGUUUGUUGUGUCUUCAAUUGAACCCGUACAUGUGAAGUGAUUAUACCAACAACAAUACUCUGUUUUGAUUGUGUGUGCGUGUGUACUGUAGCAAUGGAGUUUAAAACAGAUGUGGAUACAGCUUCUGGCCUCCUGGACCAGUUCUAUGAGAAGAGGAGGCUUCUAAUUGUGUCGGCACCUAACGUAGCCCAUGGAGACUACAAGCUCCAGAACCUUAUGGUCCAGGUGAGUCCGAGACACCUGGAUGGUUUGGGCAUUAUCUGCUAGUCAGGGGAUUUCUUUUCUCAACAACUCUAGUUACUACAGGACAUAAUAAAAAACUGUUUAGUCAAUGAAAUAUGAGCAUCUUGUUUGUAUGAAUGUGACAACGCUUGGGGUGUUUUCAUGCCUAGAAAGCAGAUUGUGGUCUGAACUUACGACGAGUGACAGUGAUUGAGCUGCUAGGGUCCCCUCCUCAGGAAGUGGGCCUCAUCAAGGGACGUCACCUGGACACUGAGGUCAUUGAGGGUCUGAGGUAAGGUGACUUCACAUAAUCAUGUUGGCUGUACUGCAUCUUCAGGCAAUAUAAUACACCAUCACUGACUUGACACUAAAUGGUCAUCUCGUACUGUGAUACAGGCAGGCUUUCCGGAUCUCCAGAUCCUACUUCAACAUGGUGCUGCUGGACAAGGAUGGUUUGGACCACGAGAGAUUCAUCACACCCACCACAUCCGAUGAGCUCUUCUCAUACAUCGACAAUAACCUGUUGGACGAAGAAGAACGAAGGCGGCUGGAGUUACACAGCGACCUCUGUGAUUAAGACUUGAGUGCCCCCUGGUGGCUUGGGGAGGUCAGACACUUUUACAAAGAUAUCAGCUCAGAGGAAAAGGCUCUGCUAUCUAGAGAUACAAUCAUGGACACCAAGCUGGCCCAGAAUAGAGAGAUAAACAUGAAAACAGAACAGCUCUGGUAGUGAGAUGUUUCCACUGGAUGAUAGAUGAAGAGAUCUUAGAGGUAGCCUGUUUUUCAGGUCUAAAAGUAUAGAGAUUGGUGUAUUGUUAGAGGAUUGUGGGUUUCGAUUCCCACGGGGGGCCAGUAUAAAAAAUAUAAUGUAUGCACUCACUAAAUGUAAGUCGCUCUGGAUAAGAGCGUCUGCUGAAUGACUAAAAUGUAAAUGUAAUGAAAUGUAGGGACUUUUACUUCACCUUCUGUACUGCACAGACAGGUGUAACAAAUGUGGAUGAUUACAGGUUUAGUCAUUUCAUAUUUAUUAGGUGAAUAAAAUAUUUGAUACAGUCAUAGGACU